AUGCUCAGAGACUGUCCUCAUCAUUGUCAGACAGACGAGGUAUUGGGUCACACUUUUGUAGAUGGGUUAGAUGAUGCUUCAAAGAUGAAUCUAGACUCAGCUUGUGGGGGUAGUUGCAUGGCCAGACCAUAUAGUGAAAUCCAAAUCUUGCUGAAUAAUUUCACUACUAAUGAUAAUAACUGGAAAGGUGAGGGUGAUUCAUGGAAGGACAUUAAGCAAAAAUCAGCUGGGUUACUUGAACUUGACGAGGUUUCAGCCAUGAGAGUCGAUAUUGCAAAGCUGGCCAAUCGGAUGACUAGAAUGACAAUGCAGCAACCAAAACCGAUGCAACAUGUACACCAAAUGGCUAUUUGCUGUGAAUUAUGUGGUGACAAUCAUAUGAGUGACAUGUGCCCCACAAAUCCAGAAUCCAUCUAUUAUGUGGGGCAACAGAACAGAGGUCCACCGAAUCAGCAUGCACGAUAUGGGAAUUCUUACAAUCCGAAUUGGAGGAAUCAUCCCAACUUCUCAUGGGGUGGAAAUAGAAAUAUUGAGAGGCAGCUGGGGCAGUUAGCUACUAAUCAAAACACUAGACCUGCAGGCGCUCUCCCUAGUGACACAGAGAAGAAUCCACAAGUGAAUGCCGUUACACUUAGAAAUGGGAGAGAGCUUGAGGAAGUGCUAAAAAAAAGGAAAGAUAAGCAUGUACCUGACGGAGAGUUGAUCCCUAAAGUGACAAACGAGCCAAAGAAGACUGCUGAAAUUCCAGAGCCAGCAGAGGCCCCAAGGCCACCACCACCUUUCCCUCAGAGAUUGCAAAAGAAGAAUGAUGAUCGCAUAUUCAGCAAAAUCCUCUCCAUGUUGAGCCAGGUUCAAUUGAAUAUUCCACUGGUUGAUGUGCUUCGCGAAAUUCCAUAA